CCACAGCACGCACAACGACCCCAAUGCCCAGCGAUGCGCAAGCCCCCGUGAAGCUGUCGCUGCCUCUCGAAUUCCAGCAGGACAUCUUCAAGGAAUUGCGAGAGGACGACAAACUCGUAAUACUCGCGCGCGGCCUCGGCAUACUGCGCAUCGUUACGAACCUCCUCCACUCGUACGAUGCGGCCGGCAACAACCUCAUCAUACUCGUGGGUGCUGACGAACGCGAGAAUGUGUGGAUCGGCGAGGCCCUCGCGGAGCACGCGGCCGUCAGCCAGGCGGCGAAAGCGCGCGGGCUGAGCCUGGUCAACACCGACCUGAUGAGCGUGGGAACACGCGAGAAGAUGUAUGCGCAAGGCGGCAUCUUCAGCAUCACGUCGCGCAUCCUGAUCGUGGAUUUUCUGUCGGGCCUGCUGAACCCGGAGACGGUCACGGGCGUGGUGGUGUUGCAUGCCGAGAAGGUCGUCGCAACAAGCCUCGAGGCCUUCAUCCUGAGGAUAUACAGGCAGAAGAACAAGGCUGGCUUCUUGAAGGCUUUUUCGGAUAGCCCAGAGCCCUUCACCACGGGCUUUGCGCCGCUGGCUAACAUGAUGAAGAAUCUGUUCCUGUCGAAGCCUGCAUUGUACCCGAGAUAUCACGUUGCAGUGGCAAACUCGUUGGAAGGGCGGAAAAGGGCAGAAGUCAUUGAGCUGGAAGUGCCCAUGACUGACGCGAUGCGCGACAUCCAGAAUGCUGUGCUGGAAUGCGUUGAAGCCAGCAUCAGCGAGCUCAGGAAGAGCAACACCGGUAUUGAGAUGGAGGAUUGGACGCUAGAAAGUGCACUGCACAGGAACUUCGAUACCAUCGUCAGACGGCAACUAGACCCCGUUUGGCACCGGACAACAUUCAAGACGCGACAGGUUGUGCGGGAUCUCACUCUACUUCGAACGAUCCUACAUGCUCUCUUAACGUACGAUGCCGUCGACUUUAAUAGAUAUUUGGACACUGUUCUGGCCGCCUCUCAACCUCCACCCGGCUCUACGAAGCAAAACCAGUCGCCGUGGCUGUUUCUCGACGCAGCCGACACAAUAUUCACAAUAGCAAAACAACGGGUGUAUAAAGGCAAGGUUAGUAACGCCGACCUUGUGAGAAGUUCCAACGAUGCCGUAGUGGACGCUCUCGAACCUGUCCUGGAGGAACAGCCGAAGUGGGCCCAGCUCGCCGAGAUCCUUCAAGAGAUUGAACAAGAUGCAUAUCUCAAUCCAACCCCACAAGACUCAUCAAACGGUGCCAUUUUGAUCAUGUGCGGUGAUCAAAGCACGUGCCGACAGAUCCGCGAAUAUUUGCAGAUAAUGUACGUAAAACCGGAGAGCGAACAAGACGACGACGAGACAGCCAAUGAACCCUCUGCGAAGUUCUUGAUGCGUCGUAAAUUACGCAAUUACCUGACGUGGAAACGAGACUUCACAAAUUUCAGCGCUGCGCUCUUCUCCGAGAAUCAGAAAGCUAUCAAUACUAGCACUGAGAAUAAAGUCGGAAGUGGCAGGUCUGGCAAGCCACCACCGAACAAGCGCAGACGAAUGCGUGGCGGAGGGGUUGGCGCAGCUACAGCACGUACCGAGAUAGGUGCAGUCCGGACUGCUGGCGACCGCGAUGCACACAUCGCAAGCCUGAUGGCGGAGUUGCAGCCCUCAGAACUGGAAGCCAUGCAGAAAGGCGAGGUCGGUUUCGAUCCAUUGGAGAACAUGGAAGACUACUAUGAGCUCUUCAACAUGAACGACCUCAUCGUAGUCCAUCCCUACGAUGGCGACCUCGACGAGCACGUCCUUGAGGAGACAAAGCCUCGCUACGUAAUCAUGUAUGAGCCCGACUCUGCGUUCAUCCGCCGCAUCGAGGUCUACCGCUCCUCACACACUGACCGCACCGUGAAAGUCUUUUUCAUGUACUACGGCGGCAGCGUCGAAGAGCAACGCUACCUUUCUGGCGUGCGCCGGGAGAAGGACUGUUUCACACGCCUUAUCAAAGAGAGAGGAAAUAUGGCCAUGACGAUAAACCCGAACGCCAACCUCGCGCCAGAGGAGUCUUUCCUCCGCACGAUUAACACCCGCAUAGCAGGUGGAGGCUGCCUUGCCGCAACCACACAACCUCCGCGGGUGAUUGUCGACGUCCGCGAAUUCCGCUCCUCUCUCCCUUCCCUACUCCACGGCAAGUCUAUUGUCGUAGUACCCUGCAUGCUCACAGUAGGUGACUACGUCUUGACCCCCGAGAUCUGCGUGGAGCGCAAAUCUGUGCGCGAUCUUAUCGGCUCAUUCUCUAAUGGUCGCCUUUUCAACCAAGUAGAAAGCAUGAUGGAGCACUACAAAUCGCCCAUGCUCCUCAUCGAGUUUGACGCGGGCAAGUCAUUCACUUUGGAACCGUUCAGCGAUCUCUCUGCUCCGGGCGGCCUCUCAAAUGCCCCAGAUCUACAGUCCAAGAUCGUCAUGCUGACCCUCGCGUUCCCGCGUCUGAAAAUCAUCUGGUCAAGCAGUCCCUACCAGACUAGCGAGAUCUUCGUGGAGCUGAAGAAGCAGGCGGAGGAACCGGAUCCUUUGCGCGCUGUGCAGCUAGGGCUAGAUCCGAGCAUGGCUGGCGACAGCAUGCGCAGUUUUAGCCAGGUCACGCAGGAUAUGCUGAGGGCGCUGCCGGGAGUUACUGAGAGCAUUCUUACGACGCUUACGCUGGAGGUGGAGAAUAUGAUCGGGUUGGCGAAUAUGGAGGAAAAGGAGAUAUGUGCGUUGAUCGGGACAGAUGUGGGAAGGAGGGUGUACAGGUUCUUCAAUCGAAGUGUAUAUGAGGACUUCACAAUACCGGUGCUGUAGGUGGUGGGCCAUUGGGUGGGGAUCACGAUAUUUAAUAGCGU